AUAUAUCAACAUUUUACAGGAAAAAAAGAAAAUUAUAAAGAAAAUUACAAAUUGUAUUUUGUUUUAGAUUCAUAACAUAAUUUGGCAUCACACCGGAAGAGAAAAUGCAUGUGUUACACUCAAAAUAGUCUAACUUGGUUUAGACUCACUAUCCCAUGGCAGUAUUUCUAUGAGAAUUUUGUUAAUAAAAUCAAUAUUUUUAAGACAUGUCUUUGAGAACCGGUGAAUUAACAUAGAUGUCGGACACCGGGGAAGAGUGGCAGGUGGCCCGGCGACGAAAAGGCGCCGCGCGGAAAUCAAAAUCACUUCAGGUGUCCUCAAAUUCAACAUGCUACCAGGAGCAACUGGAUAUCGGAAAAACUGUCAAACGAAUCAGAGAAACAGUGUCUGAGCUAAAAUGUGAGGGAUUUUGGCAAGAGUGGAAAAAGCAGCUGCUGGUGGCACAAGGAUCAGCAUCCCUCUUAAAACCUCCAGAGAAAAGGGACACUGAUGGCCCCACAGAAGAUGGCAGACCCUGUCAACAGCUGGAGUGUGUGUGUUAUGGCCUUGGCUCAUUUUCCUCCUGUGUCUCAGCUCGCUUCCAGCUUGCCAUGUUGCUGCUGCUGCUGGAUGCAGGACAGAUUCCACUGAAGGACUGCUUUAUUUAUGACCCCGCGUUCUCAUCUGGAGAGAGGGAUGUUUUGAGGGAGCUGGGUCUGACUGUACUCACAGAAAAUGAGGAGGGGAAGCGCCUGGCAGAUAAGCCCACACUCUUUUACCUGAUGCAUUGUGGGAAAGCCCUGUACAACAACCUUCUGUGGAGGAAUUGGAGUACACAAUGUCUUCCUCUGAUGAAAAUCAUUGGGAACAGCUUCAAUGGCAUGAUGGACAGAACAAUCGAGAGAGAGUUCCAGCGGGACUACAGCUACAUUACUCAGGCUGCAUCUGUGUGUGAGGAGAGACAGCUGCCUUGUCCAUCCCGUCUGAUUGACGUCUUCAGUGACACUGCAAUCAUCACCUUUCAAACCAGCUGCCUUAACAGACUCCCACAAUCCACCUGGGGAGAGCCGCCUGAGCCACAGUACAAACACUGCCCUGAUUUGGAGAUUAUUCAGAGGGAAACGCAGAGCUGAUGCGGGAUAUGAACAAUAAAUGGACUUAGUUUUCUAUUGUUGCCAUUGAUAAGUAUUGUUUUCAAAUAAAUUAACCCUGCUUCAAAUUGAA